UGUAAGAAAGCGGGAAUGGGAUAAUUUCUGCCUUAAGAUUAAGGUUAUAGAACCCUCUCCUCCCAAGAAAGUUCUUAACGUGUUCUUCGGUUUAUAUUUGAUUCUUCUUCAGUUCAUUUUCUUCUUCAUCCUAAUCCCAAUUUCUCUCCUCCGACGAUGGCGAGCGAAUGCGGAUCAUCGGAUGUCGAUACAUCUUGUCAAAACCAUCCGUCCCAGUGGCUCCUUGUUACCUUAUCGGAAUUUGAGGGUAAAAUGAAGGCCAUCAAGUCACUGUUAGGGCCUACAAGUUCUGAGGUUAAGCCCAGAAGGCAAGAGGAAAUCCUUAAAGUCCUCGAAGACCUGAAGAGAUGGUUCUCCUCUUUAGCAGAGAGCCAUGAUCAACUGAGGUCCAAUCCCAAGGAAGAAGUCACUUUGGGAAGAUGUGAUGAUCCUCGAAUGAUGGAAAGCUCGGGAUCCAUGAUCGAAGACCCCGAGAUCUCUGACCCCAUUCUCGAGAAGAAGUUCAUGCAGAACGGCCUUGAUGAGAAACCUGCCAACAAAGUCCCGCAAGACAUGAUCAUCAGUUCUACUUUACGGGAGUUUAGGAUCAUUGGCCGGUUUGAGCGGGAGAAGAGCGAAGCACAGUCUAAGUUCGAGGUGAUAAGGCUGAUAGAGGAGAACCUCCGCGAGCAAGCAGAGCUGGUGAGGAGGAACGAGGAGAAGCGGGGGAUCAUCCGACGGCUCCAGUCGGAGAUAAAAGGCCUGAGGGCCGAGAUGAGGACACUCCAAGAAUGCCUGGCAUGCCGGAAAAUCAACCCCGUGAGAAUUAACAGCGGCAGUACCAAGAGUAGCCUGUUCAAGAUCUCCAGAUUGGGAGUCAUGGGAAGAAUCUUUGGGAGGAGCUUGUCCCAAACUACUUCGUAACGUUGCUCUGCUGGUGUUGCACAUCGAUGAUAUGUUCCUAAUGACAACUUUCGAUCGAAUAAGAAUCUGACCUUGAUUUUUCUCCUAGUUCUUCCAAUAUUACCGAUGUCCUAAAUGUUUUCUGUCUAGUUAAAACAGAGAACACGCAAAAUCAUAUAGAGCAAGA